AUGUCGUCUCGUCGUGGAGUUGGGCUUGGAGCAUUUGCGAAUAGGAAUCAGGCUUCACAGUCCUAUGCUACCCAUGGAGCCAACCUGAGAUCGACCCAUGCUAACUCCCUCCAGACACAGCUAUCAGUCUUCCAGUCAUUGCUACAUACCUUUGCCCUCGAGCAUGGAGAGACGAUCAAGUCGAAUCCGACCUUCCGCGCCGAGUUUGCGCGUAUGUGCCAUGCUAUAGGAGUUGAUCCCCUUGCAGCCAGUAACAUUAAAGGGAAAGGAAAGAAAGGACUCGGUGAAGGGGGCAGCUUUUGGACGCAGAUACUCGGCGGAGGCGUCAAUGACUUUUACUUUGAAGUUGCUGUGCGAGUGGUGGAACUCUGCAGAGAGACACGUGCAGAGAAUGGCGGGUUGAUAAGUGUAGAGACGUGUCGGAGGAUAGUAGGAGCUGGGAAAGCCAUUGGAGGGGGAUUAGAGGUCUCAGAGGACGAUAUUCUUCGGGCUGUCGAAUCCUUGGCACCACUUGGAUCCGGCUUCACUGUCGUGACAGUUGGUAGCAAAAAGUUCGUCCGGUCUGUACCAAAGGAGCUUAACACAGACCAAGCUACCGUCCUUGAGGUUAUUCAACUGCUAGGCUUCGUGACCGUCUCCAUGCUACAGUUGAAUCUAAAGUGGGAGAAGGCGAGGUCGAAAACAGUUAUCGAUGAUCUACUCGCGGACGGACUCGUGUGGGUGGAUUCUCAAUGCGUAGAAGAGGAAUACUGGUCACCUCAAUAUCUACAAGGGGACAGUGGAUGA